ACAGAUUGCACCUCGUCUCGCAACUGCACUGACUGCGAAAAUUGUACGGAUUGUCGGAAUUGUACAGGUUGUACUGACUGUACAGGCGGUUUAGAACAGGAGGCUGACAGGUUCAGCUGCUCCAACUGUACUGGCUGUAGCGGACUGAAGAACGCGCAUAACCAAACAGGUGUGCACGAAUAA